AGUCUUAAGCGUUUACGGAUAGUUGUCUGCCAUCAGCCUUUCUCUGCGACCGGAGGGCGAGAUAUCGCGGGAUAUCGGAGCGACGCGGCGGCAACGCCUAAUCGCGGACUCGGGCGGCCGCGGAAGCACGUACGUCACCGCACUGUCAUCGCGGACGGUCCCCGCGCGGAGCGUGUGUCAUGUCGUGUCACUCGCGCGAGCCUCGGCACACGCGUGGCCGCGACACGACGGGCGGUGGUGGUGGCACGCGGUGGACGGGACAAAGCGCGACGGAGAGUACGGGGACCGUCCCGUCGCCGUUGACGCGCGCCUUUGUGCGCGCCGCAGUGUCCCGUUGCGGGCUGCUCCGUGUCGGUUCGUCUCCUCGCGCCAUUCACUCCGCGUAUCGGUGCCCUCGCUCGUGCGCGCGAGAAAGAGAGAGAGAGGGUGAGAGAAAGAGGUGGGGGAGGGAGUAGCCAGUCGUUGCGUACGUGAGGGAUCGUGUCGUCGUUCGUCCGCGGUUUCGCCGUGUUGCGCCGUCGGGGCCUAAAAUAGACGAAUGGACGGCGGGCGCGUCGUCGUCGUCAUCCCCGUCGUCGGUGGUUCCUCGCGCGCGUCCUCCAGGAUGCCCCCGCGCCGCUGAGCUCGCAGAUCGCUUGACGAGGCGGGCGAUCACGCCACCCUGAUCGCCAUCUCUCCCGGGCGUAGCGAGAGAUGGAGGUGCUCAAGACGUCCCAGGAGAUCGUCCACGAAGGCUGGCUCAUCAAGUCGCCGCCCACGAAGCUCUGGAGAGCGAGAUGGAGGAAACGGUGGUUUGCCCUUCGUCACAGCGGUGAACUGCCUGGUCAAUACUUUCUCGAGUAUUACACGGACAGACGCUGCCGCAAGCUCAAGGGUUGUAUCGAUUUGGAUCAGUGCGAGCAGGUGGACGCGGGUCUUCGAUUCGAAAAUCGCAAACAAAAGUAUCAGUACAUGUUCAAUGUGAAGACGCCAAAGAGGAUCUAUUAUUUGGUUGCCGAGAACGAAGCGGAUAUGAACAAAUGGGUGGAUGCCGUGUGCCAAGUUUGCGGUUUAAAGGCGUACACUCAGGAUGAAGACCAACAAAUGUUUCAAUACGAGUCUCAAGAAUCCCCGCCGAUUUCGCCUACUAGCACGAUCUCCGGUCCCUACAUUCCUAUUAGCGAGUGCAUUUCCGGCCGUCGGCUCAACGACACCAGCUCCCUGAGUUCAGCCCUCGGACAGGGACCCGAGCAUUACGACGCCCCGAGGAGAUUGGCGCCUUCACCGCCGCGGUCGCCCACGACGACAGACGCGGAGAGCGUCUUCACCGACGACGAAUGGACGGCGUCUAUGACGAGCACGAAUUGGGACACGCUUCCCUCAACGGGUGAUUCGCGACAACCUCACGGCCCGGGCGACCACGAGAUCGGCCCGUGGAGCGUGAGAAAACGCUUCGGCAAGCUCCGGAUCGAUUCCGCGGUGCCACCGGCCGUGGAGAAGUUACCAGCACCGCCCAGACCACCGAAGCCGCCUCAUAUGUUGCCUGAAAAUCCCGGUCACAACUACCUGAAUCUGGACGGUGCCACCGAGAGUUCGAAACCGAGUACACCGGCAACGCCGGCGCCGACGACGCCCGCUGCUGCCGUGAUGAUAAUAACGGGCGCCGUAACGGACGAGUCGUACGACUUUCCGAGAUCUCAUCAACCGCAAGCAGCGCAAACGACUGUCGAGAAUAAUACGGCGGCGGUCGAUCAGUCGUCCAAACAUUUCUACUCGAACGCCGCGCCGAGCACAAUCAACGACGAGACGCAGAACGUGUUCCGCUACGACUUCCACGUGGACGAGCCGUCGAGUCCGCGUUCCGAGAACGCGGCCACGGUGCCGUAUUCGAAUCUACCGAGUCCCCUCGUGCGAGACGGCUCGAGCGGUGUACCGACCACCAUGGCGCCGCCUCCGCCGAUGGUGUACAGAGAGCUAAAACCAGGGAGGAAGACCAGCGACUCGAUGUCUAUCGUAAGCAACGAACCGUCACCGGGUCCGACAAUCGCGCUAUACGACGUGAGCUCCGCCGAACACUCUCCGGCCGAGCCACCGAGCAUCAACAGGAAGCUGAAGCCAUUGAAUAAGUCGCCGGUGGAGGCAGCACCUCAUCUACAAUUAGCGUCUCCCCCUGGAAGAGGAAGAAUGCGGGCGGCGCCCAGUCCGACGCCUCCGUCGCACUCGACACGUCAUCAAUCGACGUCGGACGAAGACAAUAACGCGUUCGAGGAUAAAGAGGAGAUAUACUAUUAUCAAGAUCAGAACUCGUUCAUUCCGGCGUCGAAUCGCCUGGUGGUGCUGCAAUAUCUGGAUCUCGACUUGGAAGCGACAGACUUUACUUCCUCGACGUUACCGUCCGCGCAGACCCUGCCGAAUACGACAGUGUACAAAACCGUGGAUUUCGUGAAAACGGAGGCUUUUAAUCGCACUCGGCAACGAGUAGAGGAGGAGAGGAAACUAUGCACGGACGAGUUGACGUAGAGGACGAAUUUGUAUUAUACGAACUAGAUAGUUUAUGUAGAUAUUAAAUAGAUUAAGUAAUGUGUGUGGACUUUUGCUAUGUUAUACAGAUAAAAAGGGAGGAUUUCUUCCUAUUUUAAGUACUAGGAUAGCAAAUUAGAAUAGUACUGUGCGAGAAAAACGCAACAAACUUGAACAAAGGAUGCGCGGUAUCGACGCAGUACUUACAAAAAGACAGCGUCUACCGCUUUUACAGUAAGAAAUAUGGCGUUUUAUUCUUUUACGUAGCGACGAUUAGCUUCUCAAAUUGGCUAUGCAGUUAGAAGACGCGAUCGGAUAUCGAAGUAUUGUACAGCAAUAUAAAACGGACCAAAAAUGUAAUGUUAUAUGUAAAGGGAACAGCGUGGUGACAAACAAAAGUGUCGAUAGUCUUGUCAAGAAAUAUUCUCAAAGAGGAAUAUUUCUGAUUGGGUAAAUCAAGUAUUAUUUAAAUUGUAAAGAUUCUCUUAUCUCUCUUUGGGUACAAUUAUGGUUCUGCAUAUUAAUUUUGUGUAGGGUCAAUGUGCGCGGGGCAUUUUUAUCAUCAACUAUGUGCAACGAAUAACUAAAUCUGUAGUAUUGUUCGUUUUAAGAUAUCCUACCUUUAGCGUUAGAUAAAAUGAUAUACAAUAUUUUUUUAUUGUAUCACGCAACGAAAUUUACAUAAAGGUAAUUCAAUUACAUUUACAAUACAUAUUACAAAAAUUGUUGGUUACGCUGCAAUAAUACUGAAAAUCAUAUCAAAUCUUAAUAUAUAUUAUGUAAAUUCUCUUAUCAGGGCUUGGUCUAAUAUAUUCGUACGUAGGUUACCGUAUGCCUUGACUCACAGAUAUUGUAAAAAUUAUCCACAAGAUAAUUGUAUUGAAAUUGUAUCGUUUUAUAAAUUUACAUUUAAAAUGUUUUUUUCAUGAAACAUUCAGGAUUGAAUUCGUCUAAACGAUUUCCGAUUUUAGAACUCUACAACAUAAUCAUGGAGAUUGUUUUCUGUUAUAGAAAUAUAAUCAUCGUUGAAGGAUCAGAAUAUGAAGAUUUUAUAGUUAAUCUCUAAUCAUUUGUAAGUAAUGUGUACAACUCAAAAAUAUUAUAUACACAUAUAUAUAUAUAUCUAUUUCAA